AGUGACCGAAAUUGUGAUUAUCUGUUCAUCUUGUUCAUGAGCUGUCAUUGUGAUCUAAAUAGUUCGACUAAAAAUGAGCAAAAAUAUCAACGAUCUACCUCGUGAAACAAUCAUACAAGUUUUGCGAUAUCUGGACGGUAGAAAUUUGCAAAAUGCGACGUUGACAUGUAAACUGUGGAAAAAUAUAAUCGAAGCAGCAUGUCGAUGGUCAUUGACUGUGAAAUGUGAUGACACUCGUUCCAAUAAUAAGGAGAAAAUGGAUUUCAUUCUGACAACAGAUCGCAAAUUUGGAACAAUUAAAAUUGAACGGGGCGAUUUGGCCGAGGAUACCCAAAUUCUCAAAAUGUUCCAGAGGCAUGGGUUCUAUCUUGUCAAAUUGGACAUACGUUUAGGGCGCAUACACAACCUUACUACAUUUGCUGAAAUGUUGCGUCUCACACCAAACUUGAAGUGCAUCUACAUGGCAAUAAUAAAAUUACACGAAGCAAGUGAUGUUCCAUUGGGUCAAGUUUUGCCGGACCUGAAAAAGUUGGACAACUUGGUUAUGUUCGAAUGUGAUCAACGGAUCAUCAAAUGCUUUCGAAAAGCAAAACUCAGCAAAAUAAAAAUUCAGAAAGACGAGAAGCAGAAUUGCGACGCAUGGGUAGAUUUCCUAUUAACUCAAGAUAUGUUGACGUCAUUAAUUGCUAAUUCACGUUAUUUGUCGAUACCGGCUGCUAUCGGAAAACUAAAUGUUCCGAUUCCAUUUCGGUUGACACAGCUAACCAUUUCAAACGCGCUAACCAUUUCAAACGCAGACGAUCAACAGUCAUCGCACGACAAUAUGUUGAGAUUUGUCAAAUCGCAGGCGGAACAUCUAAACUAUCUGGAACUAGCAGGCACGUUUCCGCAUUCGGUUUAUGAGUGCAUCUUUGCCAGCAUGACCCAAUUAAAAACUUUGAAUGUGGUUGUCGAUGACAUACCUCAGGACAACGACUUUUACGAACGGUUGAAAGAGAACAGCAGUGUUCGCACGAUAGAGUUAUCCGACAAUCGUUUGAGAGAUAAUCGAUUUUUACCGAAUUUUCUCAAAAAGCUUCCAAACAUUCACAGUCUAAUUUUCCCCGAUGUGAAUGUGCGCAAAAGUACUUUGACAAUGGCACAAAGUGCAGAUAAAGUUGAAUCGUUAACUAUGGAUUACGUUAAUCAAUGUUUCUUCGAAUCUGUGAAAUUUCCUAAUCUUCACACGCUACAAAUUGGAAUGUUAACCAGCAAAGUUAAUUGGAGUGAAUUCACCAAGAUCCAUCGUCGGCUGGCCGAAUUAACCAUAAAGUUUAUCCAAGAUAGAAGAUAUCUCACUAGUGACGAUAUCGAUCAAAUAACGACCAACGUUGAUCUGCAGACCAUACGGCUGGGUUGGGGUUUUAACGCUGACGAUCGAUUCUUCGAAAUUAUUCGGACAAAGUGCACAAACUUAAAGGUGUUAGAUUUAAAGGAGCCAAUCAUAUAAGAUGAACUAAAUACAAAUGGAAGAAUCAAUGUGCUUCGAUUUUAUGAUAUCUCCCUGUAUUCAAUUUUUUUUUUUCAAUUUAUGUGGAUGGUGAUUUACUAUUCAUACUCGUUCGAUGUUGAUGUUGUUGCCUUCAUUUCGUGAACUGUAACUUUUUCA